UUGAAAUUGAGCAAGUUUACCAGACUCAUUUCUGUAAAUUGUAAUCCUAUCGUUCCUAAAUUGGAAGACGCAAUCUCUUCAACUCCGGUUAAUUCUGCACAACAUGCUGGAAAAUACUUCGACAAGUUCUAGCCCCGCCGCCGGAGCUCCGGCGGAGGAUUUGUUCCGUCCGAUUGAAGAUGUGGACUUUAUAGGAGAUCCCUCCGGGUCUGCAACUGCUCAGGCGUUGAAUUUCUCUUCCGGAAACCCUAGAAUCGAAGAGAUCACAGGCGUUAUGCAUCUCUUCAGAAACGACGCAUCAUCCGACCAACUUCCGAUUGAGAGAAAUCCUCUUAUUUGUGUACUCGGGGUCCCCAAUCAUACUACUUAUGCAGAUUUCUGUCAGUUCUGUGGUCCAUUUAUUCAGAACAUGUUGGAAAUGCGAAUUGUGAGGACUGAAGGAUUGGAAGAUCGCUACAGUGUGUUAAUCAGGCUUGAUGAUCAAAAAAGUGCAGAUUAUUUUUACAAGCUGUACAAUGGAAAGUGUUUUUCAUCACUUGAGGAAGAAACCUGCUGCAUGUUCUUCACUGUAGAUAUACAAUAUACUGGGUCAAUUGAGCACUCACAGCCUUCCUCGGCAAGCUCUACAGAGCUGCCUACUUGUCCAGUUUGUCUUGAGAGACUAGACCAAGAUACUGCUGGAAUUCUCACUACAAUCUGCAAUCACUCCUUUCACUGUUCUUGUAUGUCUAAAUGGACCGAUUCUUCUUGCCCGGUAUGCCGGUACUGCCAACAACAGCCUGAGAAAUCUGUUUGUUAUGUUUGUCAAACUUCAGAAAAUCUUUGGAUGUGUCUUAUUUGUGGUUCCGUUGGCUGUGGAAGGUAUAGGGAAGGUCAUGCUAUUGGUCACUGGAAAGAAACUGAACACUGCUAUUCCCUUGAACUGGAAACACAGCGUGUAUGGGACUAUGCUGGUGACAACUAUGUUCACCGAUUGAUACAAUCUAAAACCGAUGGAAAACUGGUUGAGUUAAAUCACCACUGUGUGCGGCAUUACGAUGGCUUGAGUGAGUCUACGGGGCAUAAUGACUCAUUGGGUGAUGAAGUUGAAUAUAUAAAGAAUGAGUACAAUGAGCUUCUUACUUCUCAACUUGAAAGCCAGAAAAAGUAUUUUGAGUCUUUACUGCAAGAAGCUGAAGAAGACACUGAAAGAGAAUCUUCCUUGGCUAUAGAAAAGGCUUUGAAUGAAAACCCAAAACUGCUGAAAUUGCAAAAGAAGCUUGAUAAGGGCAUUGAGCAAAAGAGAUUUCUUGAUGAGAUCAAUGACAAUCUUCUAAGGAACCAAAGCAUUUGGGAAUCUAAGAUAGAGGAUACUGAAGAAAGGGAGAAGAAACUUUUGCUAGUGAAGGACAAAAGGAUUGAAGAGUUGGAGAAGCAGUUGCAAAGCAUGAUGGCGUACCUUGAAACUCAGAAUUCAGAGCAACAUUCAGCUACUUCAGAUGAGCCAACUGAUAGCAACUCUGAGGUGGUAGUUGCAGAGAAGUCUUGUGAAAGUGGCGGCAGAGGGACCAAAAAGGCGAAGAGUCGAAGAAAAAAGAAGUGAUGAAAUGGAGGCUUCUUGUUCUGUUCAAGAGAAAUUAUUUUUGUGCACAUAACUAAGUCCUGUUUAAUUAUAGGCGAGACAAAUAGUCCGCAAACAUUGCAUUGGGGAUGGAUGUCUUCAUGCGCGGCUGACUUUGUUAAAUAGUUGUAUCUUGAUAAUUUCUAACAAUAAGUGAUGUGUUAACUAGUUGUAUUCUGGAGAUUAUAAUAA